UUUUCUUCUGAUAUAUAAUAAAAGGCACACAUAUCACCAACUUUCAAAAAUCAGAACCUCACCUUUGGUUUUCUUUCCUCUCCCAUCUCCCAAGCUAGGAACAUUUUCACAGUGAUAAGACUUGGUUAGAGGACAUUGAAUCCACUCCAAUUGGUAAAAUGAGUUAUGGUCAAAGAUCAAGUUCAGAUUACUUGGAAGGAAUGCUCAAUGACUAUGUUGGAGGAAGGACCAAAGUGAAGCCUCAAAAGAGUGGUUCCACAAAGUUUGUGGCAGCUCUUACAUGCCUUCAAUUUUUCUUUGCAAUCUAUGCAACAUUCCUGUUGUACUACAUGGGGCCUUCAAUAGAUUUAAGAACAAAACCAGAUUUCAUAUGGGCUACAAGAAUUGCUCAGCAAUGGAAGCAACUCAUGAUCACACCCCAUGUUGUUGGUCACUACCAAGACUCUGCUUCUUCUCUCAUCCAAGAGGAGAUGAUAACACCAACUCUAGUGUGUGAGAAUGAGAAGAUAGAUUUCAUGCAAAAGAAGUCUAAUGAUGUUCAAAUGAUCGAGUUCAAAAGAGAGCUUUACAAUGAGGUUUUGGCCUUCCAGAGCAACAACACUGGCAUAGAGACUCUUCGAGAGCUAAUGUCAAUGAAAUCCAAAUGGGACUUGAAGGGUCCUAAUCCUAACAAACCAAAAAUCACAGUUUUAUUGAACCAUUUCAAGAGAAAGACCCUUUGUGCUCAAAUUGAUUCUUUGCUCCAACAAACCCUCCCUUUUCAUCAUGUUUGGGUGCUUUCAUUUGGAAGCCCCAAUGAGGUUUCUCUCAGAAGAAUUGUGGAAAGCUACAAUGACACAAGAAUCAGCUUCAUUAGCUCUAGCUAUGAUUUCAAGUACUAUGGAAGGUUUCAGAUGGCUCUGCAGACAGAAGCUGAUCUUGUCUACAUUGUUGAUGAUGACAUGAUUCCUGGAAAAAAGAUGCUGCAGAUUCUGGCACAUGUUGCUGGGACAGACAAGUACAAGAACUCUGUACUGGGAAGCAUUGGGAGGAUUUUGCCUUUUAGGCAAAAAGACUUCACAUUCCCAAGUUACAGAAAAUUUAGGUCUAAAGAAGCAGGGUUGUAUUUACCUGAUCCUGCUUAUGAUAUUACAGUUGAUAAAAUUGUGCAGGUGGAUUUUCUAUCUAGCUCUUGGUUUUUAUCUGCUGAGCUUGUCAAGUCUCUCUUCAUUGAGACUCCUUUUACCUUCUCAACUGGUGAAGAUCUGCACUUAAGCUAUCAGCUUCAGAAGUACAGAAAUGCAGGCUCAUUUGUUCUUCCUGUAGACCCUAAUGACAAGGAAACAUGGGGUGACAGUGAACACAGGCUUGCUUAUGUGUCUGAAACCACUGUGAUCUUCAAGGACAUAGUCCAAGUCAGGGAUGAUCAGUGGUGGAAAGCUCUAUCUUCAGGUUAUGUAACCCAAUGGGCAGCAAUGCACCCUCAGAAAAUUGAUGCACUCUUCUAUGCUCACUCACUUGAUGAAGUGAAAGCACUUGCACCACUUCUUGAAAAGUUCAGGUCAACAGUGGGCAAAAAGGCCUACAUUGUUGUCUCUGGAGGCAAUUUCUGUCCCUGUGAAGAUGCUGCAGCAGCUCUCAAAUGGCCUAAGUUGGUCUGCAAAGAGCGUCGCUUCAAGAUUUUUGACUUGGAAAUUGGAGCACUCUCUGGAGUAUCAAACUCUGAGGCUCCAGUGAUACAAGCAGUGUACUCAAGCAUGAAGGGUUUGAUCAAAAUUCACAACCCCAGUGUUGUGAUCACUGUAGCUGACAUUGAUCACAGUGUGAGAAAGGCUCUGAAGAUGGCAUCAGAAACUAAUUCAAAUGGCACUACUUUUGUUCUUUUACCAAGGGCUUCAGUUUCUAAAGUUCUCUGGAUGGCUGAUCUGCGUUCAACAGCAUUGCCAAAUUGGAACAGGAUGAGGCUUUCUAUCAACAUCAUCACCCAAAACAGACCCAAUUCACUAGCAAGGCUUCUAAAAUCUCUAAGCAAUGCCUACUACCUUGGAGAUGAAAUUCCCAUAACCUUCAACAUGGACACCAAGGUAGACGAGGCAACCAUUAGACUAGUAGGUUCAUUCAAUUGGCCUCAUGGUCCCAAAACUCUGAGAAGAAGAAUCAUCCAAGGUGGUCUCAUCAGAGCAGUGAGUGAGAGCUGGUAUCCAUCUUCAGAUGAUGACUUUGGUCUCCUCCUUGAAGAUGACAUUGAAGUUUCCCCUUACUACUACCUCUGGAUCAAAUAUGCACUCAUGUCAUACCACUAUGACCCCCAAAUUUCCCUCCCUGAACUCUCUUCCAUUGCCCUCUACACUCCAAGGCUUGUUGAAGUUGUCAAAGAGAGACCCAAGUGGAAUGCCACAGAUUACUUCAAAAGGAUCCAUCCCAACACACCUUACUUACACCAAUUACCAUGCAGUUGGGGGGCAGUUUUCUUCCCAAAGCACUGGAGAGAGUUCUAUGUGUACAUGAAUAUGAGGUUCACUGAGAAUCCUAAGGAAAACCCAGUUCAGAUUCCAAAGUCCAGAACAAAUGGGUGGCAAGCUUCAUGGAAGAAGUUCCUCAUAGACAUGAUGUACCUCAGAGGGUAUGUGAGUCUCUACCCAAAUUUCCCACACCAAGCAAGCUUUUCAACCAACCACAUGGAACCAGGGGCACAUAUCAGUGCAAAAGAUAAUAAGUUGAAUCAUAACAAACAGGACUUUGAGGUGCCAUUAUUGAUGGAGGAUUUUAGAAACUUUUUGCCAGGAAAGAAGUUGCCUUCAGCUUCAAGGCUUCCAUCUCUGAACCUCUUCAACCAGGCAGUUUCUCUGAAGGGACUUAAAGCUGCUGGAGCUAAGUUGGGUCAGGAUGUGCUGAGAUGUGACAAUGCCACUGAGCUAGUUGUUGUUGAUCAAGAUACAGGGCUACCACACCACUGCUUCAAGUUCUGAAAAAUCUUCAUUGCUGGGAUUUGGUUGAUUGAAUUUAUCCAUUCUAUGUGGUUUUCUUCUUCCUCCUUAUGUUAAAGAAUUAUUUGUGUUUUGUUUUAAAAAAAGAGAUUUUGAUUGGGGAAUGAGAAUGAGGUAACUCAUAUUUCCCAAAUAGACAUGCCAUGAUGACUUUGCUCAGAAAGGCAAUUGUAAUUAAUUAUUGAUCAUAAUCAAUUAUUACAAUCUUCAUUCC